UGACGGAGGGGCGGCGCUUAAUACGCACGCGACUGCGGUGCUCGCGGUUAACGGACACGUGGGCAGUCCUCUGCCGGCCCAUACGCAAGCUAUGGAAAGUGGUUCGAAUUCGCCUGCGUCAACGUUAUCCGAGGAUGUUAAUGCCACGGGAAGGACAACGGCUGGUGAUUCGCAUAUUAAUAAGGUACGGUUGGAGGUGUGUAGCGCAGCCGUAGAGGCAAAAGAGUUUUUGAGCGAUGAGGGCGCGACACAUGAGACGGCAAUAGUGCGGGUCGAGAAUACUGGGCGCAGAUACGGGAGAGAGACUCCAAGCAGUUCGACAGCGUACUCGUCUACAGCCGAAGAGGUGGUUGCCGCGGUUGCAGCCGGAUACACGUCGUCGUCGCUUGGCAAUGGCCACGCCCCUUCUACUUCCGGAGGCUCCGCCCAUCAACAGAACGGUACCGCAGCGAUUGUUGUGAAAAGCGGCAGUGAACUGAGAAUGGGUGCCGUUGGCGCUCCUGGUCCCGGACCCGGUGGCUCCGCCCCCUCCGUUGCAGCCGUUCCGGCGGCGAGCGGAGGCACUGUCAUGAUCAAUUCGGUGCCGGUUUCGGUGUGCGGCGCGCCACCCGGUGCCACCGUUGUGCUGGUGGUCAAUCAACCGCAGCCGCCCGCGCAAGUGGCUGGCCCCGCCUCCCAACCACAGGCCCCGCCUCCUACCACAUCAGCCGCAGCCACCGCGUCAACGUCCUCCACGUCGUCGCCGCAUCCGCCUACCGCUACGCAGGCUGCUGCACCGCACGUGACGCGUCGCUCGUCGGGCGCCGCUUCGCACAGGCAACCGGCCGUGCCGCUGACGCCGUCGCAGCUGGCCGCGAAGCGUAAGCGUACCGCGGCCAUUGUGGAAGCGGUUGCGUCAGGACGCACCACUUCAUCGAUCGUCAUACCUCAGCCAAAAACGUCCAUCAGCGCCAACGCAAAGCCA